AUGCGUUCGUCAUUGCGGCUACUCGUUGCAGCUCUAGCACUGAUGACCAUUGCCUGCUUCUACUUCCAGAUCUCAGACCUUCCAAAUUUCACCAACCCACUACGCCACAUUCCACAAGUAGACCACGCUUCGACUAGCAUCACGUCUGGGGACGAUUCUUCUAGUCGAUCAGCCCCUGGUUUUCAUAUACCUCACACGAACAAUGCUGCGGAAGACAGUAAUUCUAUCACGACUGAUCCAUCGCCUGUCGAGGACGAAGGCCCCAAACCACCAAACGACAAGGCCGUGGUAAUGGGCGCCCUCUCGAUUGAUGACGUAGCAUGGGCAACAACUAAACUUCGUGGAUGGGACGCUUUCGUGUAUACCGUCGACAACGACACCGCCAUGCCAUUCCACACAGAUCGCAACAAAGGCAAAGAAGCAAAUGCUUACUUAACUUACAUCAUCCAGAACUACGAUUCGCUGCAUGAGACAGUCGCAUUUGUGCAUUCGCACGAGUUCGGUUGGCUGAAAGCAUGGCAUACAGAUGCUAAGCAGCACUCUAACGUGAAGAGCCUGAACUCAUUGAACGUCGACUUUGUACAAAGGAACGGCUAUGCAAACCUGAGAUGCUUGCCAAAUCCUGGUUGUCCAGAUGAGAUACAUCGACUCCAAGAGCCCAUGGACGAGAGCAAGACAUCAGAAGCAGUAUUCGCUGCUGCUUGGCGAGAGAUAUUUGACAACGACGAUGUUCCAGAAGUGGUCGGCGUAGCCUGCUGUGCUCAAUUUGCCGCGUCAAAGCAGCAGAUACUUCAGAGAACUAAGGAAGAAUAUCUCCGCAUGCAUGAGUGGUUGAUGAAUACCGAAUUGGAUGACCAGAAAUCAGGCUGGGUGUUUGAGUACUUGUGGCAUAUCAUCUUCGGCCAAGAGUCUGUCUAUUGUCCCAGUUUGGCACAAUGUUACCGAGACGUGUAUGGCGCCGGAUGA